AUGAAGAAAGCAGAUGGGGAUUCUAGGCAACAUACAAAUGUGGCUGCAUCGGGGGAGAAGCCACCCUGUGGAGGUGAAAAAGGAGCUUCCUUCUGCGAGGCACACAUGGAGGGGAUGGCUCUAGAUAUCUCGAACGAACAUGUUACAGGAGAUGCCAUUUUUUCAAAAGAGGAUAACAUGGGCAGAGGUGGAGAAACGCCCACGUUAGGAGUCCUCCAGGAUGGUGACGCCUUCGAACUGACUUCACCUCUCCCUCUUCAUAAAAGCGACAAUGAAUCUACGGGGGGAAGUGAGAGAAAGGAACCUGAGGGGGAGAUGGCCCAUGAGGGAGAGAUAGACCACGAGGAGUACCUCUACGUAAGCGAACACCUCAGGAUAAAGAAAGACAAACAGAUCUUCGUGAGCAACGCGCUGAACGAUUACAUUAAUGAGCACCUGAGCUUCUUCAGCUCAUGCGAGGAGAAAUUUUUCGGGAACAAAAAUGGAGAGGCGGAGAGGUUUAUGGAAAUUGGGUUGAAUCUCAAGUACUUGAGGUACAGGGACCGACAGAAGAGGAGGAAAAGGCGGCUCGCCAGCGGGGGGGGCGCCGCGUCCGCCGCGUCCGCCACUGUCACGCCCGCCGCUACCACUGCCACUCCCACCGCUACCACUGCCUCAUCCGACAGCAGCAGCCUCUUUUCCAACUCGUCUUCUGGGGAGAGCCCCUGCACGUCGGACGAGGACAUCCUUGAGCAGCUUCACUUUGACAAGGAGUCCUUACGCAGAAUGAAAAGGCUAGAGAAAUCCAAGAACGCCUAUUUUAAAUACCUGAGCGAUUUGUGCAUCCAGCACGACGUAAUGAGUCGCUUCACUCUCCCCUACUUCGAGCGAGUGAAACGAGCCAUUAGGAAGUUUCCCGCGAAACAUAAAUGGAAAAGGGACAGGUGCGAAGCCUCCAUACAGACAAUGCAGGUCUUUCUAGAAAAUGAAGAGAAUGUGAAGCGGAUUGAACUCAGCCAGAGGAGGUUGCGAUCCGAUGUGGUUAACUCGAUGUUUGGCUUUCACAUCAUCAGUGACGCUCACCCGAUGAAGGUCCCCAUUAAGGGCGUCAAUCGGUUGGGUGCGCGGGAGGCCGCCUCGGGCACCACCCCGUGGGGCGCAACUACAUUGGGUAGUGCCACGUUGGGUGGUGCCACAUCGGGUACUGCCACGUUGGGUACCGCCCCCCAUGCUUGCAACCCUUUUGCGCAAAAAUCUUGGCAGAGCACGAAGCGCGCGGGGACCGCCAAGCAAAGCGGGGGUGGCUCGCACGGGGAGGAGGGAGCCAGGCGGAGGAGGCGACCGGGCGCGACGAAGGGAAACCCCCAUAAGGGUGGAGGCCACCUGGGGGAAAGCGGCUAUCGGGAAAGCGGCUAUCAGGAAAGCGGCUAUCAGGAAAGCGGCUAUGGGGCAAGCACCUAUCGGGAAAGCACCUACCGGGUACGCGGCCAGGGGGGUGGCAACCCCGGAACGAAGAACUACCUGGACGAGCACAUAAAGAAGGUGCACAGGAACUCCAGGCUGCACAACAAAGUGGGGACGCUCAAGGAGUACACCCUGCUGUCCAACUGGGACGAGCUGAGGAGGCACCACCACGCCGUGAGGGUGGCUGCGGACCAGCGGAGGAGCAACGCGCAGAUGCUUGCCAACCUGUGUUACGAGCAAAUGAAGCUGCUCGAGAAAAAGAGAAAACUAAUUAUCGAGAGGGAAGAAAAGGAACGUUUGAGGUUGCUCAAGGAGAAUGACAUGGAUGCCUACAUCAACUUACUAAGAAAUACAAAAAACAAACGUUUGCAAGAAUUGCUAGACGUAACUGAGGAGUUCUUAACUAGCAUGUCAUCCUGUGUGCUUCGGCAGAAGAAGGACAGUGCAUUUGGCGUAGCUCCUCUGGGGGAUCCCUCAUCAGUGGGUUCGAACGAAAUGGAUUCUACUUACCAUUCGAAGGGUGCAAACGUGGUUAUGAAGUCUAAUUACCAAGAUGCGAGGGAGAAGUACCUCCUUGUGUCCCACUCCGUUAAGGAGAAAGUGGUCCAGCCGUCCAUCCUCAUCGGAGGGACUCUGAUGAAGUACCAACUGGAGGGGCUAGAAUGGCUCAUCUCUCUCUAUAACAACAAUUUGCAUGGCAUCCUGGCGGACGAGAUGGGUCUAGGGAAAACCAUCCAGACGAUUAGUCUGUUCGCCUACCUGAAGGAGUUCAAGUGGGGGGGACUCUCCAACGGGAAGAGUGCUCCCAGUAGUGGGCGACAUAAACAACCGAAGAACCUCAUCAUAGUUCCCCUGUCGACGCUGCCCAACUGGACGAGCGAAUUCCAAGCGUGGUGUCCCUCCCUGAAGGUCAUCACCUACAGAGGAACCAAAUGCGAAAGGAGAGGACUAGCCAAACAGAUGCUCGAAUCUGAAUAUGAUAUCUGCCUGACCACCUUCGAUUUCGCAAUCAAGGAAAAGGCGCUGCUUAUAAAAAUCUUUUGGACCUACAUAGUAGUAGAUGAAGGGCACCGAAUGAAGAACAGCAAAUCUCGGUUCCACAUCAUUUUGAAGGAUUUUAAAAGCAAGCAGAGGGUACUCCUUACUGGAACACCUCUGCAAAACAACCUCUCAGAGCUGUGGUCCCUGCUGAACUUCCUCUUGCCGAAGAUCUUUUCCUCCUGCGAAGACUUCGAGAGGUGGUUCAUACGGCCACUGCAUAAUGAUAAGGACCUACCAGAUGUAACCAUCACAGAAGAGGAGCAGCUACUAAUUAUUAAUAGACUGCACAGCGUCCUUCUCCCCUUCAUGUUGAGGAGAGUAAAAAAAGACGUUUUAAAGUCCCUACCGAAGAGGUACGAAUACAACGUGCAUGUAGAUUUGUCCCUACACCAGAAGAUGCUUUACAGGCAAAUUGAGAUGAAGGGGUUUACGCAGAUUAAUAGGAACGACGGCUCCAUCAGCAACAAGUCAUGCCAAAACAUGGUGAUGCAAUUGAGGAAGGUCGUCAACCAUCCGUACCUCUUCCUACAAGAAUACAACAUUGAUGAGUACCUAAUAAAGUGCAGUGGCAAAUUUGAGGUCCUCGACAGGAUGCUGCCGAAGCUCCUUCGCUUUCGCCACAAAACGUUGAUCUUCUCCCAAAUGACGAAGCUGAUGGAUGUACUCUGCGACUACCUGGACUUUCGCGGCCACCGCUUCCUCCGCCUCGACGGGAACAGCAGCCUGCACGAGAGGAGGCGGAUCAUCGAGCAGUUCAACCGGGUUGACGGGGGUAGCGGCGAAGCGGGGGGAGCCGAGGACGGGAGCUGCGCCGGGGAUAACCCCUUGCACUUGGCUGACUCCCCCCUGGGGGAACCCAACGGGGGGCACGACGAAACGAUGAUUUUCAUGCUGUCCACGCGCUCGGGGAGUCUGGGCCUGAACCUCCAAACGGCGGACACGGUGAUCAUCUUCGACAGCGACUUUAACCCCCACCAGGAUAUACAAGCCAUGUGCAGGUGCCACCGAAUUGGGCAGAAGAACGUCGUCAAGGUCUUCCGCUUCAUCACUCUCUCCGGGGUGGAAGAGCUCAUUUUCCAGAGGGCGCAGGACAAAUUAACCAUCAACGACAAGGUCAUACAGGCAGGUCUCUUCAACAAGAUAUACAGUGAUGAGGACAGAAGGAACAAGCUCAAGAGCAUCUUCCAGAGGAGCCAGAAGGGCCAAGUGACAGUGCAGUCCACCAACCCCCUGCUGCUCAACUACUACAUGCAGAGGUCGGACGCCGAGCUGGAGCACUUUCUCAAAUUCGAUGAGCGCUACUUCGGCGAGGAGCUCUACGCGCAUCUGCAGACCCUCAAUCGGGAGAGGCCCGACGAGGCGCAGUUCACGUAUAUGCGCGAGGAUAUGAGCGGGGACGAGGGGGGGGCCGGCAAGCUGGGGAGCGGCACACUGCCUUGCGAUGAACCGCCCACAGAUGAGCCUCCUCCAGAUGAGCCUCCUCCAGAUGAGCCUCCUCCAGAUGAACCGCCAACAGACGAACCGCCAACAGACGAACCGCCAACAGACGAACCGCCAACAGACGAACCGCCAACAGACGAACCGCCAACAGACGAACCGCCAACAGACGAACCGCCAACAGACGAACCGCCAACCAAUGAACCGCCAACAAAUGAACCGCCAACAAAUGAACCGCCAACAAAUGAACCGCUUCCAGAUAACCCACCUCCAGAAGAACCGCGUGGCGGAGAUGCCCCCUCCUGGGCGGAAGAACGCAGCGCCAUUCUGAAGGAGGAAAACCAAAACGAAAUCGAAAAGGUUUUAAUAAAAAGCAAAAAGCUCGUAAACGGAGACGAACUGCCGUCGUACCUGUUCUACGAUGACACGGACGACGGGCCCCCCGUGGAGUUCAAGAGGACGCGCAGGCAAAUUAAUGUGCACCUCAUGGAUCAGGAGAACCUCUCCAAUGUGGAGUUCCUUCAGUUGAUCGAUUCGGGGGGGGAAGAGGCGGCGGAAGGGGUGGAAGCGGAAGAGGAGCCGGAAAAGGAGGCGGAAAAGGAGGCGGAAAAGGAAGCGGAAAAGGAAGCGGAAAAAGAGGCGGAAAAGGACGCUCAGGUAAUUGAAAAGGCGAAUGGAGAAGAGCCAAAUGCUGAUCCGCUAAACGAUGACCCUCUAAAUGCUGACCCUCUAAGUGCCGCCCCCCUGGGGCCGCAGCAGAAAAGCAGCCCAUACAACUUCAGACGCUCGGGCGGCACGGAGCGGACGUACAACACGAGAAAUGGGCGGGCCAGCGAGGGCAGCAGCGCCUCUCCACAGAGGGGCAAAAGGAAGUCCAGCAGCCCGGGGGAGGUGCGUCUAAACGAGGACAAAAGGAAGCGGCGCAGUAGGGGGUAG